AUUUAUUAUCUCUAUGAAUCUGACAUUGGCGUAAUUGACAUAAUAUUGUUAUGUCAAAACUAAUCAGAGACGCGAAUCGAACGGCGAAUCGCGAAUGCAAACAAAACAAACGGUUUUAUUUUUGCUUGCCGCCUCACCUAAUACCUAUGAUUUGGCUCUAAACGGUUGAAUAGAUUAUUGGUCGUGCAAAUUAUAUAAUGGCUCCUGAUGGUUCUAAGGUGAAAUGUUUUGUUUGCUGUGAUGAGUGAGACGGACGACACCGAUGUUCUCCUGCUGAUACCACCUAACUUCUUCUUGGUGCAAAGCUCUGGCUCCGAGGAUUCCUUGUUAGAAUCUUCUAGAACUGUCGUUCAUAAACCCACAUCUUGCACUGCGCAAGUACUCGGAAAAUUGGUAAACCAAGUGCAUACAUUGGAAUCGAGGUUAGAAAGUUUAGAGUUAAAUAGUGAUGCUUCCAGUCUCGGUACUAUAAGAAGGCCCAAAACAUGGGAUACCUCCGACAGCAUUGACAGUCGAAGUUUGGACCGCAAAAGUUUCACAUUUCCCCGCCGACGUAGAAGGAAAGCUUCAAAGAAGCUGAGACACCGUGAUUUGUCUCUGACCAGCUUAGACUCAGCCAGCACACGAGACAAGACGAUUCCACCUUUGAAAUUAAAUGAAUUCGAGCAUUUUCACAUUAAACCCUCAGACAUUAUUAAUGACUUACAAAGUAUGGAUGGUGAAAUAAGCAGUAUAGUAUCAACCCCAAGUAAGAAGAAUGAUAAAUUGCUUCUUCAUGAAAUAGAUGAAUUUCUUACAAAAGUUGAAAACUAUGAGAGCCCCGACACAAAAUACAAGGACCAUGAGUCAGCAGUUAGUCCGGAAAAUGUAAUAAAGGCAACAGGAGAUUACAUAGCGCAGAAACUAGACUCAAACAGUAAUCUGGAGGAGGUGAAGCUGCCUAGUGGCAGAGUUGUGUCUAGUAAUGUUCUUGAUAAAUAUAUUUACUUAGUGAAAAACAACUCACCAUCAACAAAAACAGAUAAGCCUUACUGUUCACUGAACUACAAGGGCAACAAUGAAGAACCCGGCACCAGCCAUGUUGACAGCACAUCCAAGGUGUCUUUAGAGACAUCCAAACAGGAGACUAGAACUGCCAGUAUGAGGAAGCUGAACUUUUCUGACAAGGAUGUGCAGCCAACAUCAACACCUAAAAGACCACAAUCAAGUUACUUGGAUUCCUUCAGGCCUUCCUCAAAUAAAAUAUAUGAUAGAGCAUCAAAAGUGCUUGAGCAGUACAAGUCUCAAAGCUACAGUAGGAAUACUCAGGGAUCCAUGACUGAUAGCUACCUGUCGCCUAAGAAAGAAGAGUUCAAAAUGCCACAAAUGAGACCUUUUUGCCCUGACAAUAAGGAUGGGGCAAAGCUCAGCUCCAUGCAGAAUAAAUACUUGGAGUCCAUUGAUACAGAUUUGUUGAGCUUAAGUGAGCUGUGGGGGGAGAGGGGGGAGAGAGGCGAAAGAGUUGACAGUGUUAAGUUGGAAGAAGAAAGGCUUAAGAGAGAGCACUGUGAGUCAAUGAUACAACAACUGCAAAAAAAGAUUUUAGAACAACAACAGAAGUUAGCAGUAGCUGUAAAAGUGGACCGAGCCAAGGAUGCAGCUAUCGGUAAACUAAGAGAGGCCUGGCUGAAGCUGACAGGCAACUUGGACAAAGCGGAGGAGAGGCAUCGUGGAGCUCUCGAGAAGAUGGUCAGAGAAGUGGAGAACUUUAGGAUGGUAGCUGAUGAUGCUCAAAAGAAAACCAGUCACUUUGAAGCGGAGCUGUAUAAAACUUUAGAUCUUGCACAUGAUUAUCAAGAGAAGUGCAAACAACUGACCGCAGACAAAAAACAACUUGAAGAGACAUUGCGUAACGUCACCGCUGAAAAGGAUGAUCUUAUCGCCAAAAAAGAUAAAGAAAUUGAAAUUCUGAAGGAAAACUGUGAAACAGUUAUGAGAUUAAACAAACAGUCUACGGAUUGUGUUAAAAAUUUGGAAGAUGCUCUGGAAAAGGAAAAAUCGAGACAUAACGAGACCAAUGCCAAAAUUAGCGAAUUGAACUGUAAGAGUCAGUCUAUGCAGGAUGCGAUGUUACUCAUUGAACAGGAGCGGGACUUGCUUAAAGACAAAGUGAAUGAGGAAAGGGCAAGGAACAACCUUCUAGAAAGGCAGUUGGGAGAUCAACAAAACCACGCCGCUGACCUCAUGAAACGAUGUGACAACUUGGAAGUGGAAUUGAAGACAGUUCGUAAACACUUAGAGCUGCAGAAGUCGGAGUUGAAGUGCCACUAUCAGAAGCAGUUGGAAGACGCCGUGCUGGGCAAGCUGCAGGAGUUCCAGCAUCAGCUCGACGCCGCAGAGCGCGACAUGGAGGCUGAAGCGAAAGCCAAGGAGAACAUCCUCAUUGAUACUUACAAUAAGCAGAUCUCCAGGAUUGAAGAACAGCACAAACUAGAAGUGAACGUUUUGGAAGAGAAACAGCGAGAAGAGAUCAAACUCUACAGGCUGCAGCUCGCGCAAGCCAGCGAGAAGAUCGGCUUGCUCGAGAGCAAGCUGGAGUCGUUCCGGCGCCGGCGCGGAGCCCUGGCGGCGCAGCUGCACGGCGUCAUGCAGGCGCAGUGGAAGCAGGCGCUGCGCCUCCUCACCAGCUCCGGCGCGCACUCCGUGUCAUCACCGGUACCGGAUUACGGCAAGGUGCCUCCGCUAACGUUGCCGGACCGAGGCCUGGUGCGGUCUGACGGACGGACGGACGUGCGGCCUGACGGACGCUCGGACGACAAAUUCAGUUUCGACGGUCUGACGGACACUGAGCUACAACAGUACGUUAAACUGCUUUUAACGAAGCCGCCUAAUUUGGACGGUAGCGGCGAGGGUCUGGCAACGGACUUGCAUCGCGAGCUCAGCGAGGAGCCCACCAGUGACCGCGCCAGCGACCCGCGCGAGCCGACCGACGCGCCCGGCCCGCCCGACCACGACAAGCGCGACAAGCGACGCAACAAGCCGCCAUGGAAGGCAUAACGAACGCAGGCAGCAAUAUCACGACAGCUGAUGUACGAUCACCAACAAAAAUACAUGAUCUGUAUCAUAAUUACAAUUUACCAAUUUAUAGGUACUUCUGUUUACUGUAGGUCCCGGCUGUCAUUGAACAUCUUCGGCAGUCGUACUGGUAGAAGCCAGCACGUCUGAAUCGUCUGAUAAUCAGUCUUACCAAUUGGUAUUGGGUUAUCCGGGUAAUUGGAUUGAGGACGUCAGAUAGGGAUAGUCGCUCCUUGUAAAACACUGGUACUCGGGUACACUGGUACUGCAUCAGGUUAGACUGGAAGCCGACCACAACAUAGUUGGGAAAAGGCUCGAGGGAUGAUGAGUUACACGUUGUGAAACCCGAAACUUCGAAAGUACAAAACGCUUUAGUAUUUGAGAUUUCUCUUUUGAGGCACCUAUUUUGUAACUUUGAUUGUGUAUUUUGUAUGUUUAGUUUUGUUCAAAAGAUUUUGAUUUUCCACUACAUGUUAUUUUGUUCUGUUGUUGCGACAGUUAUUUGGAGCAACUCACCCCAAUGUUACAAUAAAGUUAACUAAAUUAAAGUUUCCCUUACCCCCCACUCAAAGACAUUUAAUGAUUACUCAAGUCACUCGUUAGUGACGGAUUGUCGAGGUUUUAGUGUUUAACAAUUUUUUAAUUUUGAUUUGGUUAAUGGUUUUCUUGCUAAUCGUACAUCAGCAUUCGUGAAAUAUCUUUUCCCCUCUGAAGUAGAGAAAUAUAUAAUAUUUGGGUGUUAAUUGCAGCUUUUAUUGAAGGUUUGUACAUUAAGAAAUAUAUUCUUUAAAUAGAAUUAUAACUAUGAGUUAAUGAAAUCCGAUCCAUAUGUCUUAAAAAAUAUUUUUAGAAGUACUUAAAGCCGAGUUCAUAGGUUUAGUUGAGUUCGUUAAACAAAUAGAACUAUGUUAUGUUUGUUGGUCCACAUUUAUAUAAAUUACGGGGAAUCAAGUUAAUAAAGUCAUAAAGCGGGGUUUUUCACAGAUAAGUUAAUGGCCUAAACUGAAAGAAUGAAUUGUACAGAAGGUGCGUGAUUUUAUUGUAGUACAAAAAUAUUCACAGGGACUAUGUAUCUAUUUAUAUAAUUCAGUAAAUAUGUAUUCAAAUAACUAUUGCUGAGAUAUAUAUGUUUUUCAAUAAAAUUUAUAUACCGUCGUAUAUUCGACAUAUAACUUCGAAAUGCUCAUUUUGUCUAGUUUCCACAUGUCCAUGACAUACUAAUUAAUAAUGUUUGUGUUCAUAAAAUAUUGUCCUCCUUUAUAUCCGCCUAUAAAUUGCUGGUGUUGCCAGAUUAUGUUGUCAGUUCCCACCGACAUACACUUUCUCAAUAUAUACCUAAGUUUUCAGAAUGCUCAUAAGUUUUUGUAUGUAGUUUUCUAAGAUACUUAAUAUGUAUGUUUAUUAUAAAAAUAUGUAAAGAAUAAAGGACAAUGGGCACAAAUAUAUGGGACCUGGUAUACCCCACCAAUAGGAAUGUCAUAUAUAUCAUUGGAUAGGCCUUUUUAUGUAGAACAACAUUUACUAUGACGCUUUGCUGAAAUGUUUGUCCGUUCUGAGAUAUAGAUCAAAAACUGUGCAAAAGUUAGAACUAAGUAAUCUAUUGAUACCUCAAGUUUUUAAAGGAAAAACUUAGUACUAAUAACUUUAAGUCUUGUUUGAAAGAAAAUCAGAUUACAGAUUGGUCAGCAUUAGUUUUCAGAUUGUUUUUUAUCUAUAUCUCAGAACGGACAAACAAUAGAACAAAGCUGUCAUGGUAAAUGUUGUUCCAGUUAAAAAGACCUAUCCAUCGAUAUGUGUGACUUUGCUAUUGGUGCGGUUUCUCAUUACGCGCAAUAUCCAGUUGGUACAAUAAAAGAUUCAAAUGCUACAUAAUAGUAACAAUUAUGGACCUUAACGGGUACAGCAGGUAGAACAUACAAGACUUACACUUAGUAGUUCUUAGAUUUUCCUUUAAAAACUUGAGUUAUCAAUAGAUUACUUAGUUCUAACUUUUGCACAGUUUUUGAUCUAUAUCUCAGAACGGACAAACAUUUCAGCAAAGCUGUCAUAGUAAAUGUUGUUCUACAUAAAAAGGCCUAUCCAAUGAUAUAUAUGACAUUCCUAUUGGUGGGGUAUACCAAUCUGCCCAUUGUCCUUUGUUUCUAUUAACACUUUAAAGUAAGAUAUAGGUAUCAUAAUUUUAUAACCAAUAUUGUUAUGAUGUUACGACAUUCCCGAUUGCACUCCAUAUUUUAAAUGUUGAUAAAAUAAAUUAUACUUUUUUAAAUAA